AUGAAGUAAGGCAGAGACUAACCUUGCCUAAGGCAGGAACAUCAACACGCGCGACGCGUCCAGGGAUCUCUUAUCGCAUCUCGCAUCGCAUCCCAUUAAUCUCAACACGGCUUGAUGUGUCAAAAAUUCCAAACACAGACCAACUAUGACUUGAAUGGGCAAGAACGUUACUUCUUUCUCGCAGAUCUAUAUAGAAAUCCUUAUUUCUUGCCCUGAUCUUUUUGUCUAAUAUAUGGUAUAGUUCUCUGCCAGUUAGUUCUCUGUUUCAAUGCUGACUUCGUUUGAACUAGCCUCCAUCGAAAUGCUUCGCUGCUACCUUUCGAGGGACUAAUGAGCACCGGCAAAUAUAACAGUCAUGGCUAGACAAGGCGAUUCCUACCAAGUCUCUUCGAAGUCUCGUACGAAGUUGAAUGCUUUCCGAUACGAUGAUAAAGAUGGGGAAAGUCCUGAAAAGUCGCCAUCUAAGACGACAAUGAAGAAAGGCAAUGCAGAUAAGGAAAACCAAACCUCGUGGCUAAAUGGGGUGGUGGAAGAGGGGCAACCGGGUAAGGAACAAGGUCAAUCGGAUAAAGGACAACCUUCAAGUCAGGCAAAAGACACCAAGCCCGUCAAAGAGUGCCCUCAGACACCUGGGAACAACAGGCUUCCCUUGGUAGAACUCAUCAGCAAUGCCGAAGAUGCCUUCAGUCGGGCUCCAAAACAGGUAUUUACACCGGAAGACCAUGUUAUCUGGCAACACGUACCGGCCAGUUCAAAUCCAGACACAAUGUCUCAAACGCCCGCAACACGAGGAAAGAAGCGCCGUCACACCUCAUCCCCGAGCAGUUCACCCUUGGCUGGGAAUAUGGACGACUUCCAAACGGUUCUCAAAACCCCGCAACAUGAUCUCGCUACCGAUUUGUGGAACAAUUACGUGGGAAAGAGCACUCUUAACGGAAAUCCAGAACUUCCACCACCUCGCUUUGCGAAUCUUCUUUCGUCAUCCCCACAAACACCUGCAUCAGCAAAAGCGGGUCGAGAUUCGUCUGGAUUAAGACGGUCAAUCAGUUGCAAUGCUGAGUGGCCCGCGUCAAAGGUAAAGAGGAGAAGGGUCGGCAGAGGUGAGCCUGGUACGAGUCGUGGUAUAUUUUCUCGUACUAGCAGCAACCUGCUUGACUCGGGACCAUCGAAUUCUUCCAGGAUCAACUUUCUCCUCGAGAAAAUUAAGAAUACCAUGCAGAAAGACCCUACUGCUCAGCUCGAGCCAUCAUCGCCGGUCCCUGCCCGUACGAAUGUACAAAUGAAUCAAUCACCGUCCCCUGUGAAAAUAGCCGAUGGGACAGAAAAGUCCGACAAACAAACCCAGGGUGGCGCCACCAUUCCAGAGGUUUCUCUCCAAGGAUCUUCAUCUGAAUUCGAAGACGAUGACCUAGACCAGGAUUUCAUGGACUUUGCUGACGCCUCUAUGGACCCAUUUGUGGAACCAACGCAACCCCAAGAUCAUCAGGAAACCGGGGGCAGCGAAUUCAGGUCGGAAGUUACCUCAAAUGACCCCCAAUAUUCCUGGGGCGAGACGAACGGAACCCGCUCUGAUACAAUGGCAUCCAAUUCAAACAAACAUACCAUUAAUAAAAAUGAUACGAAUGAUACUGACGAAUUUGGAAAUGAUGAUGACGACUUCUCUGAUAGUUUAGAGGAGAUUCUCGCCAAGUGUGAUGGUCCAGGCUCUAGGGAAUUGGGUAAUCCUGCACAGCCCCCACCUGCCACUACAAUGCAAAGCACAGGAUCACAUGAAGGGGCCAAACUGUCUUUCGAGGCGUCUUCGGGUGAUGAAUUUGAUGAUGAUGAUUUUGAUAUGGAAGCCAUCGAACAGUCCAUGUUGCAAUCUGGCGAAGAUGGGUCACAUCACAACCUAAAGAAUCGACAGGCUAUUAAGCGUUACCAGAUUGUUGAUACUGCGGAGAAUACGUAUGUCACUUCGAAAGGAAGAGUCCAACCGGAACAGAUAUUAUCAGUCCAGGAUGAGAAAACGAAGCACAAAAAAGUGAUUGUCUUGCGUGAGUCGUGGUUUGAUAGCCCAUGCAGCAACGGUUCAUAUAUCCACCUGAUUGGAGACUUUGAUGCAACUGGACAAUGCAUUGUCAACGACUCGGAAAAUAUGAUAAUUCUUCACCCUGAUCAUUUGAUUUCUGCUACGGUUGUGGCAGAUUCCAUCAGCUGCCAGCGACGAGCUGUUCUUCAAGACCGAAUCAAGAAUAGCAACGAUGUCUCAAGGCCACAAGUUUUUGGAAUUAUCUUCCACGAGGUUUUUCAAGAGGCCAUGCAGGCCAACCAGUGGGUUCUGAACUCUUUACGAGCCUUGGUUGAGAAGAUUAUGGUCAGACAUGUCGAAGACCUAUAUCUGGUCCAAAUGAGCAUAUUUGAGGGUGUCGAGUACGUGAUGAGCAAAAUCCCGGUAUUGAAGACAUGGGCAGAUACCUUUCUCAGGGCCGAACCAACCAACGAAUCAUUUGUUGAGGAUCGAAAUAAUUCCAAGCUUCACUUGAGUAUCAACAAACUUCUCGAGGUUGAAGAGCAUAUCUGGUCUCCGAUGUAUGGGCUUAAGGGCAACAUCGAUGCUACAGUGCAAGUUGCCUGCCACGAUGGAGAAAGCGAUAAAAACCUUGUCAUUCCACUUGAACUGAAAACGGGGAAAAGAGAUACAAACCAAGCUCAUAGAGCUCAGACAGCUCUUUAUACUUUGCUGCUUUCUGAUCGUUAUGGUAAGGAUAACUUCUUGCUACAGCCGACUUGCCAGCAUGUCUUACUGACGUUUCCCAGAUGUCGAUGUUACUUUCGGUCUGCUUUACUAUCUUGAGAUAUCGAAAACUUUCCGAAUUCGUGGUAUCAGGCAUGAACUUCUCCAAAUGAUCCAGGAACGAAAUCGCCUAUCUGGGUAUGUCCGUCAGAGACUACAACUUCCACCAAUGGUUAAAAGGCCGGGGAUGUGUAAUAAAUGCUACUCGAAGACGCCUUGCUUUAUCUAUCACAAACUAGCCGACGGCGGAGAUGGCGAAACCAGCGGACUUGGCGACGA